AUGGAAGCAUCCAAUGUCGCUGAUCCUCCACGAAAUCAGGCACGUGGUGAAGUUAUGAAUGAAACUGAUGCGAUCAUUGUCCCAUUUGCCGACGAUGGUGAUAUUGAGCAAAUGGUUCACAAUGGAAAGGAUGAACAACAUGGCAGAAGGCGGGAACACUUUAAGUCACAGAAACGGUCAUCCAGCCGGAAAAACAUGAGCAAAUCGAAAUCUUCCCGUCGACACUUGUCUGAUAGUCGUGGUCAUAGCGAGCGUCAUUUGACACGUGACUCCUCUCGGAGGCGCCACAAGCAAAACGAACGACAGGAGUCACACCGCGUGUCCAAGCGCCACAAUUAUAGAUUUGAUGACGACUAUCAAAGUGGUAGUGACGACAAAGACGACGACAGGAACUAUAGAAUUGACAAGCAACAUAAUACGGAAAGGUAUAGAAGCGAAAUCGCCGAACAGGAGAUUGUGCACAGCCAAGAUAGACACCAGCCAAGGCGAAGCAGAAGAAGUUCGCGGUCUCGUUCUCGUCAACAGAGCAGUGGAGGGCGACGAUCUUUAUCCGAACACAAGGAAGACUCCCGUCGAAGUGAAGUUGGACAUCGGAAUUACCAUCGAUCCAAAAGUAGACUCGACGAACAACGCAGUCAGUCGAUACCACCAAUACUACCGGCAGCAUCGUCGCAAACCCAAGCAACGUCGCAAUUUUCAGAUGUGGAAACUCCUCAGUCCAAGACCAAAAAGAAAAAGAGCAAGCAAGGGAAAGGAAAAUCAAUAUUCUGUACCAGAAAUUUUUGCUGUGGGCUAUUUUUUAUUUGCAUUAUUGUCGGUGUUGUCGCGACGGUGCUCCUGCUUCAGAAGCGGGUCGUGAACCCAGCAACAUUGCCAAAGUCAUUUGAUCCGCCGUCAAGUGCAGAUUGUGCUGCCAUUUCCAAAGGAACUUUUGUGACUCCAAAAGAUGAUGCCAAUCAUGCAGUCAGCGUUCAUCGUCGUUUCGAGAUCAACAUACAAGUGGAAAUGAGUCUGCUGCAAGAAAUAGAUGAUGAUUCGAAUGCUGGAAUGUUGUCAAGUGUCGAGGAUUCCAUGCAAACCCAUUUGAUGCCCAUGCUGGCAGACUGUCCACAGAAGUCUCGGCGUUCAUUGAAACUAGACGAAGACUUACCACAAUACAUCAUUUCCAAUGGAGUUGUCGUGAAUGCAAUCAUGAACCCAAACGAAAUAAUGGACCCGACCGGAACCAGACAACAGGAAUCGAUCAAUCGCUACCUUUUGCUGGUGAUUAUUGAUGUUUGGCUCCAGGAUGAAGUCAAAGAUGAACUGAUCAUUGGGAAAGUACUGGGAAGCUUCGAGAAACUUGAUCGAGGGAUGGUAUUCCCGGGUCAGGUUCAAAUUGCGGGGUCGGCUCUGAGUGUUCAACCUAUGACAACGUUCGAUGAUGUUACAGCAUUUCCCACGGUGUCACCCACAGUAGCUGCAUCCAAAAUUCCAACAGGUGUCCCGACUCAACUAGCUUCGGCGUCUCCAACGAAAGUACAAAGUCUGAAUCCAACUGGGUUUCCCAGUGCUUCCCCGUCAGCAGCACCAACGGGCAUGCCCUCCGUUUCACCUUCUUUGCUCCCGACCUCAGAGCCGUCUAAAUAUCCUUCGGCGCAACCAAGUUCGAAUCCCACGCUGGCUCCAACCUCCAGGCCGACCCGAGAACCAACAUCAUCUCCAUCCCCGCGUCCGACAGCUCCACCUACGAUCGCCACUACAAAGACUCCUGUUGCGGUGGAACGCUCCGUCGACGUUGUCAUUGUGGGAGCUGGAGCGGCUGGUCUAACAGCCGCAUAUCAUUUGGAACAAGAAGGAAUUUCAGUAGUGGUUCUGGAAGCAGCCAACAGAUAUGGCGGUCGGAUGAAACAGGACAAUACAUGGGAUGUGAGCAUGGGACUGGGUCCAGAGUGGCUGCACGUGGACGAACCCAAUGAUAUGCUGAGCAGAAUUGUUGGACGCACAGUCAACAAGAGAACCAUUCGUGACCCGAAUGUGGCCCAUCGAUGGACGGGAACAACACUAGAACACAAUCCUCCAGGACGUUGGUCUGGCGACUAUCGCUGGAUGGACGGAACAUGGUGGGACUUUUUCCAUGAAGAGAUGGCGUCAAAUCUUCAGGCUAACACGAUUGUGCUCAACAGCCUUGUCGAGAAAAUUGACUAUGAGUAUCAAAAGCCAGUGGUAUUUCUGACAAAUGGAAGGAGAUACGAAGGGUCCUACGUCAUUGUCACAGCGUCAGUGCGAACACUGCAACUGGGUGAAAUCAACUUCGUCCCAAGUCUACCAUCAAGUCACAUUGACGCUAUCAAUAAUAUUGAAAUGGACAUUACCGUCAAGGUGUUUCUGGAAUUCACAGAAAAAUUCUAUCCGGACGCGUUUGCAUUGGACAGCGAUUGGGAUGAGUACAGUAGCGAUUGCGGGUCAUCAAAUCAUGGGCUUCGACUCUUUUACGAUCCAACUGUUGGAAGGGUGACAAAUACUAAUAUUCUGGGAAUGUUUACCUAUGCCGACAUUGCCGAUUUGUACACCGGCCAAGCAGACUCUGUGGUAAUAGAGACCAUUUUGAAUCUACUGGAUGACGUCUUUGAUGGGAAAGCCUCGGAGACUUUUGUCAAGGGUGUCGUUCAAGAUUGGGCGAACGAACCGCAGAUACGAACCGCGUACUCAAGGUAUGCUCCAAGUCGCUAUCGGGAAAGACUUCGCGAUCCCAUUGAUAGCAAACUGUACUUUGCUGGUGAAGCGGUCAAAACAUCUGGUGCUAGCUGGGGAUAUGUCCAUGGCGCUGCUUAUUGCGGCAAGGAUGUGGCAGAGGAAAUCAUUGACAGGAUACGCGCCUAA